AUGACGGAGUUAAUGGCAACGAAGCUUAAGAAGAAGCAGUUUAUAUGUAAGUAAAACGUACUGGUUAUUGAUGAAGACUAAAUAUUACCACAAAUUUUAUUCGAUGUCCUGUGCUAAAUUGACUUUUCUCCUAAUUUUGUUUGCAUCAGAUCCAAUCUGAUUAAUAUACUGUUUUGUGCACAAACAGGGACCGAAGCACAAACUGUGCGCUUCAUCGAGUUACGCAAAACUCAUGACCACCUUUUCACAGGAGACAGGGGCUCAGCUGCUGAAGGAUUUGAGUAAGUCAGACAUUUUUAUAAGCAAACUUGUGUUUGUGUGUGAAUGAGUGACCCUUGAUAUGUCAUCCUUCUAUCUAUUGUAAAAGUCAAGCUAAAGCUUAAAAGUGUGUGUGUGUGUGUUUAUAGGGUAUAUGUAUGUGUAUAUGCUGUAGUGGGUCCACAAUUUCUUUUCUCAUCAGUUUGAUCCUAAAGGAGAUGGGGUUGGUGGGGGAGGUGACCACCGCCCAGGCCUCCAAAAAGUGGGAAAACCUAAAAAAAAAAUACAGGGUAAAUCCAUUGUCUUUGGUGCUUUGGUCCCUGGGCAUCACCUGAAUUUGUGCACAUGGGUGGUUUAUUUUACACUGGUAAAUCUUCAUGAAUGGCAGUUCUAUGAGUAUAAUUAAGUUUAUCAAUAUAAAGAUGUAAUAUGGUGUCCCUUGUACUCUCACACACAGGACCUGAUAUUACCCCGGACUGGGUCAGGGACAGAGGCUGGGGAGACGACGCCUGGCACCUGGCCAUACUUUCAGUUGAUGCACACGGCUUUGGGGGACAAGGACUCGGUGAAACCACUGAACCUGAUCUCUACCGCAGGGAAUCCUGAGCAACAGCCUGAUGAGGAGACUCCCCAUACCUCAUCAGGCUGUUGCUCAGGAUUCCCUGCUACAUCUGAUUCCUCACCAGCCACAGCCCCAGGAACAUCGGGCACCCCAACACCUGGAUCCUCCAAAAGAAAAAAUGAAGUUCUCGAAUACAUCCGGGAUUACACGGAAAGGCAGGACAAGAGGCAGAGGGAGCUGGAUCAAAAGGAAGAGGAGCGAGAAGACCGCAAGGAGAAGCAGCUUGAUAAGCUUAUAGGAAUUUUGGCCAAGUUGGCUGAUAAUUCUAAGUAG